AUGCCGGAUGACCAGAUCAUGUGCCUCGACGCAGAACAGCCAGGCCUGGUUUUAGAGGUGGGUUACUCCCACGCGGUCAAGGACCUCGAAAAGAAAGCAUUUCGCAUUAUCAAGGCGGGAAAAGGACAGAUACGUCAGGUCGUUACAGUGAAACUUCAUCAAGACUCACAGGUGGAUCUGACGGUUUGGAGACCCUGUAUCACCAGCGAUUGCCCGCCGAGAUUAACAGCCGAACAUGUUGAUCAAGUCAUACGAAACACGAACGAUGAGCCUGUCCCGGGUGCGCAACUGGAAAUCCCAAUGGCAGAAAUGGCGCCUCCUAAAUUGUUGCCCGACUCCCUACGAAACGAGACCAUUAUUAUCACCGCCGAAGAACUGUGCGGAAUCGUCAAGCGCGCAGAGGACUUCCACAAUAAUGUCGCCAAGGAUCGCUAUGAAGACUUCCCCACAGACCUUGAGUGGACUUUGUCGCCAGCCAGUUCGAUUUCUACCGGGCUGAGUCAGGAAGACGAUGAACAACAAGAUUUAUGCCUGAGAAUGAAUGAAUGUAAGCCGGCAGAAACAUUUCGUUCUGACAAGCGAUCUCCGUCGCCGAUCAAGAUGCGCGCGAGAGAAGCCAACGAGCAAGAUUAG